AUGUUUUACUGCUUUGCCGAAAAAAUAUUACUCUCCAAUCUCAGAAAAACAAAAAAUGAUCCAAAAAAAAAUUCAUCGGGUAUUGUUGAAAAUCAAUCUGUAGCGUCGACAUCAAGCUCAUCAAGUAUUGAUAUCACUAAUAAUGAUGUAUGUACAGCAUCUACCUCAAGUCAACUAACUGAUUUUCGAGCUCCGGAUUUUGCUAUAGCAUCAAACUUAAGUUCAGCUAGUACUGUACCUGAACCCAUUGUAAUACCUGAGCCAGCUGUUGAAUUAGAAUCAGUUGAACCGGUCCCAUAUAAUUCUUAA